CGUAUCUUUACUUAUCUAGGUAUUUGCCUAUUUAUUCUUUUUAUUUUUUAUUUUUUUCGUCCUUUGGCUUGGCUCUGAUGACGAAUCUGUCUAUCAACGCUGGCUGACGGGUGCCAUUGGCCAAUCUGCGAGCUCCUCCACCCUCAAAAUCACUUCGUCCUUUGGUGCUGACCCGUCUCGGCUACAAGUAGUGUUCCCUGUCCACUCUAGGCGGUUCGUUCUCCUAUGUAGGUGCUGCUAGCAUACUUGUAUAGGUGCUCGGCCAUGUCUCCCGACGCCAGCGAUAGCGAGGCCGACGAGGCGGCAGCGCUGCGACCCCGCGAUGCCACCGAGUCCACACCGCUCCUGACGGGCUCGCAGCCUCUGGUUUCUUCCAUUGGCGGCGGUGACGGCGACGACGGCGAUAACGACAACGACAACGACGACGAUGACCACUGGGGGUCCGAGCUGCGGCUUCUCGUCAAGUACUCGCUCCCGCUCGUCGCCACCUACCUCCUGCAGUACUCCCACUCCGUCAUCACCACCUUCGUCGCCGGCCACCUCAGCUCCGACGACCUCGCCGCCGCCAGCAUCGGCAUGACCACCAUGAACAUCGUCGGCUACGCCGCCGUCGAGGGCAUGGCCACCGCCCUCGACACCCUGUGCGCCCAGGCCUACGGCUCCGGCAACCUCGCCGGCGUCGGCCUGCACGUCCAGCGCAUGCUGCUCUUCGCCGCCCUCGCCAUCCUGCCCAUCGGCGCCUUCUGGGUCUUCUCGCCCGCCAUCCUCGGCCUCUUCGUGCGCCAGCCCCACCUCGCCGCCGCCGCCGGCUCCUUCCUGCGCGUCAGCCUCGUCGGCCUGCCCGGCUACGCCGCCUUCGAGGUCGGCAAGCGCUUCCUCCAGGCCCAGGGCAACUUCGGCGCCGCCAUGGUUGCCAUCCUCCUGUGCGCCCCCGCCAACGCCGUCCUCAGCUGGUACUUCGCCUUCCCGCUCGGCAUGGGCCUCGACGGCGCCGCCCUCGGCGCCGCCCUCGCCAACGACCUGCGCCCCCUGCUCCUGCUCGCCUACGUCCUGGCCCCGUGCGGCCGCUGGUCCCGCCGCUGCUGGGGUAGCGGCCGCGGCUUCUCGCGCGACGCCCUCACCGGCUGGGGCCCCAUGGUCGGCCUCUCCGUCGCCGGUACCCUGGUCAACCUCGGCGAGUGGGCCGCCUUCGAAAUCGUCACCUUCAGCACCUCCUACCUCGGCACCGAAUAUCUCGCCGCGCAGUCGAUCCUGACCACCAUCUCCGUCGUCGCGUGGCACGUGCCUUUCUCCGUCAGCGUCGCCGUGAGCACGCGCGUCGGGCACCUCAUUGGCGCCGGGCGGCUCGCGCGGGCCCGCCGCGCCGCCGCGCUGUACGCGGUGGUCUUCGUGGCCAUCGGCGCGGCCGACGGCGCGGCCAUGUUCGCGCUGCGCGACCGGCUGCCCGCGCUCUUCUCGGACGACGCGCGCGUGCGCCGGCUGGCGGCGGGCAGCAUGCUGGCCGUGGCGGCCUUCCAAGUCAUCGACGCGGUCAUCUGCUGCACCAACGGCCUGCUGCGCGGCCUCGGCCGCCAGUCCGUCGCCGCCUGGGUCGUCUUCGCCGUCAACUACCUCGGCGCCGUCCCGCUCGCCGUCUGGCUCGAGCUCGGCUCCCCUACCUGGCGGCUCGACGGCGCCUGGGCCGGCCUCGGCGCCGGCAUGGUGCUCAUCGCCGUCGUCGAGGCCCUGUACAUGAAGGCCCUGCGCUGGCAGGACUGCGUCGCGAGCGCCAAGAUCCGGGAGGGCAUGUAAGAUGGCUCCGUGCAAGUUAUAUGUAUUUUUGUAUUUUUGCGGCACUUCGGUGAAGCGUACGCUUAUUCGAAUCUCUGCGUGGAAGUGCGAACCCGCACAUACAGCCAAGCUGUUGGGCUCUGGCCACAGUAAUAGUCCGGGACGAGAGAGGGUCCUGCAUGGACUUCGUGGACACGUGUGCGGGUGGGAGGUAGGUAAGUAAGGGAGGGUUAUGAGGGGUCGGGACCAAAGGGUAGGAGGCUGAAUAGGCCGUACGUAAAAUACGGCAUGUAGAUCUUUUGGCACAGUAUCUGGUUAACAAUUCAUACCUAGGCAGAUAACCUCCCCUAAGAUGACACCAGUCUGUAAGAAGCUCCGCGUCGCUCGCGCAGCCGUGUGACGAGUGAUGCUAGAAGUAGUCCCGAUUUCUUUGCGACCCGAUAUCUCUAUCGUUACAUGGGAAUUCUCCCCGUAUGCAUAUUCAUAUGCAUACAUGAAUAAUGGCCUAUGGCGUAUUACGCAUACCUACAUGCGCCAUCUCUAGGCUAGGAACGAAAAGCGAGGCGUGAGCGGU